AUGGAAGCUUUGUGGAAUUUAGAAGACAAGUGGAAGCUCUCUACCCAACAAGCAUUCCUGCUAUUAGUUUCCGCUGCGUUCGCCAUCGUCGGUCUUUGCAUGGCGGCGACGGUUUUGCUAAAGAAGGCUCAGAGGAAGCCGGAGGAGCAGAAGCUUGUGAUGAGCAGCCAGCGAGAGGAGGUAGUAGGUCAACCGAAAUGGUCUGAGCCGAGUUGUGGUUGGGGGUCGAUAAAGAGGGCGUUGGUGAGCUCAGUGCGGUGGAGCAGAAGGAGCAAGUGGGAGGAGAGGAGGGGCGGGAGCUGGAGAGAGACGCCGCGGCCGCUGCUGGACAAAAGGGUUGAGGUUGAAGUGGGGUGGCGAAGCCAUAACUCGGAUUCUCCCGUGUGGCAGAGGCCUAUACUUAUGGGGGAGAAAUGUGAGCUUCCGAGGUUCAGUGGGCUUAUUCUCUAUGAUGAAAGAGGUCGGCCUCUAUGUGACUUCCACGAGGAAACUAGAAACCAGGAUAAGACUGCUGGUGUUGGCAGAACAACUUUGAGGGACUUGCUGUAG